UGUUUAUAUUUUAUUUUACAAAUCGAGUCCAACCGGUGCAGCAGAAAAAGUAACAGAAGUGUGGAUAAACGUUUUAUUUAAUUUAUCAAAACUUCAUCGUGAGUUAGUCAGUAUUUGCACCGGUAGGAUUACAAAUUAGUAAGGAAUUUUAAAAUGGAUAACAAAGAAGAGUUCGCACAUCCAAGACAUACGGUAGUGACCGAAUAUUCUCGUGAAAGUUUGCCGUUCCUCGAUGCGAAGGAAACAUAUUGCCAAACAACAGAACAAGCGCGUACGACCGAAAAAGGAAACAACAUAGAAAUAAUUAUGAACAGCAAUGCUCACGAUAUAAAAAAUGUAAGCAAGAAACGGCCCAGAAACGAGAACGAUUGUCCUACCCAGAGAUCCGUGAAAAAGCCAAGGAAAAUUUUCCAGUAUGGAAACUACGACCGAUAUUACGGGUAUCGAAAUAUCAACGAAACUCCAAAGGAAGACGUUCGCCUUCAAGCAUUCAUCGUACAGAAAAGGAUGAUAACCGGAAAGCAACUGUUGGACAUCGGCUGCAAUAACGGAUCCCUGACUCUUUUGAUAGUCAAACAUUGCCGACCAGCAAGGACGGUUGGCAUAGAUAUAGAUGGCGAUUUAAUCGGAAGUGCUCGAAGACACCAAUCUAACAUGCUGAAAUCAUGCUCCGAUGAUCAAGAUGUAUUCGAUGCCUUGAAACGAGUAGAGUUCAAAAAGGCAAAUUACGUUUAUCAGGAUGAAUCACUGCUCGUCAGCGAGAAGCCCCAGUUCGAUGUGAUAUUAUGCCUAUCAGUUACCAAGUGGAUUCAUCUGAAUUUUGGAGAUGCCGCGGUGAAGCUCAUUUUCAAGCGAGUUUAUCGUCAGUUAAAUGAUGGUGGUUUAUUCAUACUGGAGGCACAACCGUGGAGCAGCUACAAGAAGAAGAAAAAGUUAACGGAUGCGAUAUUUGAGCAGUUCAAACAAAUCACAUUUCGUCCGGAUGAGUUCAAUCGAUAUUUGCUGAGUGAGGAGAUUAAUUUUCGCGAGAUGUUUGAACUUAAAGUAACCGAUCAUAUGAUGAAAGGUUUUCGUAGACCGAUCUAUGCCUUUAGGAAGUAGAAAGGUAAGUGGUAUGUGAUAUGGGAAUUAUUAUUUAGAUUGUUUAGCUACAUCAUUGCGGAAGAUUUGUGAAUUCCUAAGUUUUUCUAAUAAGAUGUUUUCAUUAGAAAGAAACUUCCUUUAUAUUUACUGUAGUUUA